AUGGAUUACAGGGCUGUUCCACAUAUGUUAGUGAAGACAAUGGGUGUAAAAGAAAAAUUAAAAUAUUACAUAGAAAAGCAGGACAAUUUAUGGCAGGCCUCGGCCUCGUUUGUUUUUAAGUGUGUGGGCGCUGCCUCGGCUCCGGUGCACGAUGGUGAGUUGCGGGGGGAGGCAGGGACGGGACGGGACCGCGGGCGAGGCGAGGGGCUGCGGCCGUUGGCGGGGCUGCGGGAGCCUCGGCGGGGCAUGGCGGCGGCGGUUGAGCGCCCGGUCCUGUCCCUCCUGGGCCGAGCCACGGGGAUCCCCUCAGCCGCGCCACGGCCAGGCGAGGGCUCGGCGGGCGACCAUUUUGUGGCGGCCGUGCCGGGGCGGUGUGGCCGGGCGCCCGUCGUGCCGAUCCGCUCCAUCCCGCCGCUAGGGCUCGGCUUGACGCCCUCGGGUUUGGAUCGGCUGCUUACCUGCCGGCGGGCUGCUGCUGGCGGCGCUCUGCCGGCUCCCUGCGGCCGGCCGCGUUACUGCCUGGCCUCGCCAGGCGCCGCCGGCGUGCACGGCGCUGUUCCCGUCUUCGAGAAAUUUCUGUGUGACCCGGCCCACGUUCUUAUCCGCUCGCAGUACUUGACCGAGGGCUCCCCCUGGUGCCCGCCGGGCGCCGCGCUGCCGGCCCCGCCGCCAUGUUCUGCCCUGCGCUGCCAUGGCAACUGGCGGCCUGCGCGGCGGGGCUCGGGAGGCUUUAACCCGCUUAUUUUAGAUAAAGAUUCUGCAAAUGCAGAAGCGCAGUGUGCAAGCCUCUCAGAGGAUAAUACCAAUUUGUCAACAACCUGUCAAGGAUAUGUUUUACCAGAAGGAAAAAUCAUGCCAAAUACAGUCUUUGUUGGUGGAAUCGAUAUAAGGAUGAAUGAAGCAGAAAUUCGGAGUUACUUUGAACAAUAUGGUACUGUGAAAGAGGUGAAAAUAAUCACUGACAGGACUGGUGUUUCUAAAGGGUAUGGAUUCGUAUCAUUCCUGGACAAUGUGGAUGUUCAGAAAAUAGUAGAAUCACAAAUCAACUUCCAUGGCAAAAAGCUGAAACUGGGGCCAGCGAUUAGAAAACAACAGAAUUUGUGUUCUUAUGUGCAACCGAGACCAUUAGUUUUCAAUCCUCCUGCACCGCAGUUCCAUAGUGUAUGGAGUAAUCAAAGUACAGAGACCUACAUGCAGCCUCCAGCUGUCGUGAGCCCGCUAACUCAGUACGUACAGACAUAUCCAUACAGUUCCCCAGCUGUAUUGAUACAGCAGCAAGUUCCUGUAGGAUAUCAGCCAGCUUACAACUAUCAGGUUCAACCACAAUGGGUUCCUGGGGAGCAAAGAAAUUAUAUUAUGCCUCCGGUUUAUACUUCAGUCAACUAUCACUACAGUGAGGAUCCAGAAUUUAUACAGACAGAAUGUGUUGUUCCAGAGCCCACACAGUCGUCUAGUAACAGUCCACAAAAGAAGUCUGUGGACAGGAGCAUACAAACGGUAGUAUCCUAUCCUGAGAAUCGUCUGAGGAACACCUUUGUAUCACAAGAAGACUACUUUAAGGAGAGGCGGGCGCAUCACUUCAGAAGAGGAAGAGCAGUACUCAAAAGUGUUUAAUCGACGAAGACUUUGAAAGAGCCUAAACUUGUUACCUUGAUGUUCCUACAGUUCAGUUUAGUAAGAUGUGUAGUAGUGUAACCUCUUUCAGAAAGUUGCUUCAAGUUGAUGUUCGUGUUCCUGUUUUACCUGUUCCAAUAGUUAAUUUUGCUCGAAGUUUAAAGUUGUAAGAGUUGAAACAUUUCCAGGUUUUAUUACUAGUUUGCAUGUUUCCCCUGCUAACUAACUGGAAUACUAAUUUUAAAGAGUUUAUAUGGCAAAAACACUGGUUUGUUUGGUACAUGUGGAUUUUCUUCUGAGCUUUAAGGUACAGUUUGUUGCAUGU